UCUUUUUUUUUUUUUUCCUUUUCAAUUUUUAAUUUGUAACCCAUAAUUAUAAUUGCUUCAUAAUUUUAGAAGCACAAUACAAUUAUUAAAGGCAUUUUAUUACUCCCUCAUUUUAAUUUGUCUAUUUUAUUUUUUUUUAAUUCAUUUUAAAAAAUAUUAUUUAAUCUCUCAUUUCAAUUUAUUUUUAGCUUAAAACUAGGCGAUUCAAAAAUAUUAUUUAAUUUUCUUAGAGUUUGUAGAAAAUUAAAGUUAGAUAAAUAAAUUAAAAUAAUGAAAAUAUAAUAUUUCAAAAAAAAAAAAAACUGUUAGGUAAAAACUGCCUUUAAUGGUGGCGUUAUUAAUUUGUAAAGAAAUAGCAAAAAUAAAAAAAUUUAAAAAAUUCAUAUAUGAAAUAGAAAAAAAAUUAAUUCCGCAGCUGAAAAAUAUUUCUUAGACAAGACAGAUGAUUAAUCACAAAGCAGUAAUAAUAAAAGUAUAUACUAGCAUUUAUAAACCCCAUCAAACUUCUUUCUUUCUCCAUCUUCCUCAUUUGCUCUUCCCCCUUCUCCGCCGUGCUCCGCCACUAUAGCCUCCUUACGCCGCCGUCCUCCGUUGUGUCUACUCAAAAACCACCUCUUUUUUCCUUUUUUCUAAGAGUAUAUUUCAAUGGCAUAACUGGAAAUGGGUCAAAUUACCAUUCUGCCACUUGCUUAAUUACCCUUUGUAUAUUAUAUAGUACUAGUUUUCUACCUUCCCCCACAACUCUAUAUUUAUUUUAUUAUACCAUAAAAGACUCAAUUUUUUUUCUCUAACUUCAAGAAUAUUCCUCUAGUUUUAAGCCAUUUUUAGGUCCAUUUUUCUUUUUCUAUACUUAUAUAUAUAUACAACACAUCCUUUGUAUAUAUACAUGUAAAAUACGAUAUGGGUGUUGUAAAUUUGCUUUGAAUUUUCAAAAUGCAGAUUGAAAAUCCAAAUUUUUAAGUUGAAUUGAAAAGAAAAAAAAUUUUUGGUCGAUCAAAAUGCGUGUAAGGGAAAUGCAUCCACUUUGUUGUAUAACAUUAGAGUCCCCGGAGAUCGGAGACCGUUCACCAGAACCGGAGCCGAUGUUGUUACGGACAGGGUCCGCUGUUGUUUACUCUGGAUCUGACAUGAAUGUCGGAGGAUCCGAUGUUGCUGGAGUUGCGGGCAUAUUGUACAAAUGGACUAAUUACCAUAAAGGGUGGAGAUCCCGAUGGUUUACUCUUCGUAAUGGAAUACUUUCUUAUUCGAAGAAUCGCCGGCCGGAUCAUAUCGCCGGUGAUGACGUCAGACUCAUCGGUAAUCUUCCCUCCGUUAAUCAUACUCGCCGGAAACAUGGAAAAUCACUUGGCAUUGUUCAUCUUAAGGUGUCGUCAUUCCGUGAGAGCAGGUCUGAUGAUAGGAGAUUCUACAUAUUUACAGCUACCAAGUCUCUUCAUUUGAGGACACAUUCAAAGAAAGAACGUGCUGCCUGGAUAGACGCUUUGAUAUCAACAAGAAAUCUUUUUCAGUUGAGACCGUUGAAUGAUAAUCUCAACCUUUUGCAAAAGGAUGUAUCUAUAUCUACUGAAAGAUUGAAAAACCGGUUGCUUGAAGAAGGCAUUGGUGAGGGACUUGUCAAGGACUGUGAGCAGAUCAUGCUAUCGGAGUUUUCAGAAAUAAAAGGACAACUUAGAAGUCUUUGUGAGGAGCGUUCGAAUUUGCUGGACACAUUGAGACAGUUGGAGGCAGCUAAUAUCGAAGGUGAAGCUUCCGGGAUUCAUGAUGGGGAAUUCCAACUGAUGAAGCAAUUCUCCAGUAUAGGGCGUGGCAAGUACAGCGAAUGGAGUACAACUGAAUCGUCUGAUGACAUUGAGAAACAAGAGCUUGAUGAAGCAUCAGAUGACGAGGAAGCUAACUAUCUUGAUGCAAGUGAAUGUUUUCCUGAACCUCAUAUAUCUGACGGGUCAGUAGUUGUGGACAACAUGACAAACAAUACCAUUGACGCAUCUGCUCAUGCAGAAAUUGUACGCAGAACUAAGCUGCCAGAUCCAGUUGAAAAAGAGAAAGGUGUUAGCCUUUGGUCUAUGAUCAAAGACAAUGUUGGGAAAGAUCUAACACGAGUUUGCCUGCCAGUGUAUUUCAACGAGCCAAUUUCAUCCCUUCAAAAGUGCUUUGAAGAUUUAGAGUACUGUUAUCUUUUAGACAGAGCAUAUGAACAUGGAAACUCGGGGAACAGUCUUUUAAGAAUUCUAAAUGUUGCUGCUUUUGCUGUGUCUGGUUAUGCUUCAACUGAAGGCCGGCAUUGUAAACCUUUCAAUCCUUUGCUCGGGGAAACCUAUGAAGCUGAUUUUCCUGAGAAAGGAAUCCGCUUUUUCUCGGAGAAGGUUAGUCACCACCCAACACUUAUUGCCUGUCACUGUGAAGGUAGAGGAUGGAAAUUCUGGGCCGAUAGUAAUCUAAAGUCAAAAUUUUGGGGGCGAUCAAUCCAACUUGAUCCUGUUGGAACACUAACAUUAGAAUUUGACGAUGGGGAGAUCUUUCAGUGGAGCAAGGUCACAACAAGUAUAUACAAUCUUAUCCUUGGUAAGAUAUAUUGUGAUCAUCAUGGAAUAAUGCAUAUACGUGGCAAUCGUCAGUAUUCAUGCAAGCUCAAGUUCAAAGAGCCAUCCAUUAUUGAGCGCAAUCCUCAUCAGGUUCAUGGAUUUGUUGAAGAUGUCUCUGGGAAGAAAGUUUCUACAUUGUUUGGAAAGUGGAACGAGAGCAUGCACUAUAUCAACGGAGAAUGGGCCAGCAAGCCCAAGGAUUUAUCUGAUUCAUCUUUAUUAUGGAAAAGGAAUAAUCCUCCCCUAAAUCUCACUCGAUACAACUUGUCUUCUUUUGCUAUUACAUUGAACGAGUUAACACCAGGCCUCAAGGACAAGCUCCCACCUACGGAUUCAAGACUCAGACCUGAUCAGCGACAUCUGGAGAAUGGGGAAUACGACAAGGCAAAUUCAGAGAAGUUGCGGUUAGAGACACGGCAGAGAAUGUCCAGGAAAUUACAAGAUAAUGGUUGGAGACCCCGAUGGUUUCAAAGAGAAGGUGAAGAUGGGACUUUCCGGUAUACAGGUGGAUACUGGGAGGCAAGGGAGACGGGUACUUGGGAUGGCUGCCCAAAUAUUUUUGGCGAGAUUGAUCAAGAUCUCCUCAACGCCUUUGAAGGAUCCUGAUGUUUUAGAAGGGACCUGAAGAUUUGUAGAUUAAAAACAACAUCUUGAGAUAAUAUCGGGGAAUUCUAUAGACAGAUGGCGGACUGGCCAAGUUUUUUAGUUUUUUAAAGAUAGUUCUCAGAGGUUGACAAAAGUCAAUCCAGAAUCCUGAAGGCUACUGUUAGGAUGAAGAGGCAAAUCUUUCAAAAGUCGAUGAACGAUGGAAGCAAAAAACAAAAACUAGAGAAGUUCCUUACUAGAUCUAUGCAUCAAGUGGCUUUGAUCAGGGCUAUAUUUUGUGUUGAAUUGAUGUCAUUUUUACUAUGCUUUCAUUUUUUUUCGACUACACAUUAGUUUCAGGUUAUUAUUAUUUGUACUCUUUCAUGUUGAAAAAAAAAAAAAAUAUGUGGAUGUAUUAAAGAAGUAAACCAAGCACAAAAGCUUUUGUAAAGACCUAAUGUAGAUUAGUGCUACUACACAUGUUGAGAUAUACACAAAAGAACUAGCUUUCCUGGGAA